UCGAAGUGUGAGAGAAAUGGUUGAAACCGCGCCAGAAGCUCCCGCCGCUCCUCCGGCCAAGUCGCCAAAGAAGAAAGCGAGCUUGAAGCCGAAGAAGAAGACCGGCCCUAGCGUGUCCGAUUUGAUCGUGAAGGCUGUGUCGGCUUCAAAGGAGCGUCAUGGGCUCUCUUUGGCUGGGCUUAAAAAGGCACUGACAGCUGGCGGCUAUGAUGUGGAGAAGAACAACGCCCGCGUUAAACUAUCCGUGAAGAGCCUUGUGAGUAAAGGCUCUCUCGUGCAGACAAAAGGUACCGGCGCCUCUGGAUCUUUUAAAAUCAACAAGAAGCAGGCAGAGACCAAGGAGAAACCCGCAAAGAAAAAGGCGGCUCCAAAGAAGAAACCAGCAGCGAGAAAGCCCGCAGCUGCAAAGAAAGUGAAAAAGCCGGCAGGUAAGAAACCCGCAGCAGCCAAGAAGACCGCUAAGAAGCCUGCUGCAGCCAAGAAAGCCACCAAGAGUCCCAAAAAGGCGAAACCGGCCGCGAAGCCCAAAAAGGCAACAAAGAGUCCGAAGAAGCCUAAGGCAGCCAAGCCUAAAGUGGCUAAACCUAAAACCGUAAAGAAGGCGGCACCGAAAAAGAAGUAACUGGUUUUCGUAACCUGAAAUUUGUAUA